AAGCGGGGGGAUGACGGUUUGAGAUUGAGAAGUUUAGAGCAGGCAAUGACAAAAGGUGGAGGGAAAGGCCUCCUUUCUGUGCGACAGAAAACAGAACGAGGAGGAAGUUGAGGGAAAUACAGUCAGUGAGUUCACAUCUCCAGAAUCCCAUCCGUUAACCCUGCGUCCCUCUCUUAUUUUCAAAUGAGAGAGAUUUUCCUUGCGGAAAAUGCUGGGUAGGAUUAUGCCAACAAGAGCUGGAUAGCCGCCUUUAGAGACUUCAGUGGUCCAGAGCCCAGGCUAAAGGCGGAUUUAGGGAGAGCGGUUUAUAUCGAGCUGCAUUUUGCUGUCAGUAAAUUGCGAUCCGACUGGGAUGCGGGCACAAGUGAUAGUACAGGGGGAAGGAUUGCAGAUGUGCCCCUGCACAGGCACUCGGCAACUCUGCCCUGUUUUGUAUUCAUUUUAAUGGCUACAGCGACUGGAAUUUUCCUGACGCGGAGAGUUACUUUGGACAACACGUUAUGUGUAUUAAGAAGGAGGAAAUACCAACAAUGAGUGUCCUUCCACCAGUCAGAAGAGACCGAAUUAUACCAGAGCUACCCUCGUGUUUCACAAAAGAAGCAGCCCUCCACACAAAAGACAUAUUCAAUCCCAAAGUGAAGCGUGCCUGCCACGAUGACCGGACUGGAACAGUUGGGUUGAAGAUUUCCAAGAUUAUUGUGGUUGGGGACCUGUCAGUGGGAAAGACAUGUUUAAUCAACCGUUUCUGUAAGGAUAUCUUUGACAAGAAUUACAAAGCUACUAUUGGAGUGGAUUUUGAGAUGGAACGGUUCGAAGUACUGGGAGUCCCCUUCAGUUUGCAACUAUGGGACACAGCAGGUCAGGAGAGAUUCAAGUGUAUCGCAUCAACGUACUACAGAGGUGCCCAAGCAAUAAUCAUCGUGUUUGAUGUUACUGACAUCGCAUCUCUGGAUCAUGUAAAACAAUGGUUAAAAGAUGCUCUCAAAGAAAAUGACCCUGCCUCUGUGCUGUUGUUUUUAGUUGGGACAAAGAAGGAUCUUAGUUAUACCAUUCAUUGUCCUGUACAGUCUGCUUCCCAGUACAGCCUGAUAGAGAAAGAUGCUAUCAAAAUUGCUAAGGAAAUGAAAGCUGAAUAUUGGGCAGUGUCUUCACUAACAGGAGAAAAUGUAAAUGAAUUCUUCUUCCGGGUUGCCUCCUUGACAUUUGAAGCUAAUGUAUUGGCUGAGCUAGAAAAGACAGGUCCGAGGAGGAUUGGUGAUGUUGUUCGUAUCAACAACAAUGAUAAAAACCUAUUUAGAACUGGGAAGAAAUCUAAGGCGACCUGCUGUCAGUGAGUGACUGGCAACAUCAGAGGCUACCUGUUGCACUAUAAUUUCUGCUUUAACCAAAGAUCUGUCAUGCCAACAAUCAUUGGCGCCAACAGAACGCUUUUGUAAUGAGAAAACUUGUUAGAAGCUGAUGGAAUGUGAGCAUCCUGCUGGAGACUUUUCCCAAAUAAUCGCUGUUAAGACACUGCCAUUUAUGUUAAUCCCACAUCUCAAUAUCUUUACCAGUGGAAGAAGUAACGUUAUGAUGUACAAUUCCCACUCUGAUGAUGCAUGGGUUAAAGUUGGUGCUGGAACCAGAAAGAAGAUAUUUGUAAUUUUUUUGACCCCCUCAACUGUUGUUAUUAUCCUAUUACAGGAUAGGAAUUCAUCCCUGGACACACACAUUAAGCACAUGGUAUACAUGCAUGGAAAUUACAUCUGAAAUUUGGUUCCACUGAAGUCAAUAAAAUGGAAUUUGGGAGUGCAUUUGAACAUCAUUACUCUGUAUGCUUAGCGCAUGUGAUUGAGGAAAUAUUUUUAGUCCACCUCUCUGAUCUGGGAAAAAAAGCAGGGACAAUAUUCUGUCGCAGCACUAUAUUUCUGUAGAUAUUUCUGAUGUUUGUGUGUGGGACACAAAUGCAGGGAGUUAAUUAAUAGUACAUGCUCUGGAGGAAAGCCAUUCAUGUUAUUUAUUAUUUAGAGAUAGAGUAUAGUAACAGGCCCUUGAAAUUGCACCACCCAAUCACACCGAUGCGACCAAUUAUGUCUUUGGGAUAUGGAAUGAAACUAGUGAAGCCACGGGGAGAAAGGCGGAAUUGAAACUGGGUCACUGGUGGUGUAAUAGCUCUUCACUAACUGUGCUGCCCCAUUUCAUCUGUUUAUAUGAAGGGAUGAGAAGUUGGCUAUCUGCCUCGGGGUCUGAGGUAUCCCACCUGAUUUUCCCUGUCUUUGCUAAACACCUUGUUUCAGUAGGUUCAGAUGCCAAACUAUGAUCAUGGUUCUGAGUUUGACAGAAUGUAAAAACUGGGCAAGAUUGAUGGUGGCAAUAAAUAUCCAACGUAUUCCCAAUCUUGAAACUCCUACCAAAGUCAUUCACUGCCUGUACUGUGCUUACUUAAUAUUGAUGUGGAAAACUAUACCUUCCCUUUCUCCUAUGUUUCCAAUCUCCUCUCCUAUCAGGUUCUUUCUUCUCCAAUCCUUGACCUUUCUCACUCACCUGGCUUCACCUAUCACAUUCCAACUAGCCGCCUCCCCUCCCUCCACGUUUUUAUUUGGGCAUCUUUCCCCUUCCUUCUCAGUCCUGAAGAAAAGACUUGGCCUGAAACAUCGACUGUACUCUUUUCCAUAGAUACUUGCUGUUCUGCUGAGUUCCUCCAGCAUUUUGUGCGUGUAUACUUUGGAUUUCCAGCAUCUGCAGACUUCCUUGUGUUUGUGAAAUACAUCCUCUGUUUUUCAAACUUAUGACGAUAACAUUUUAUGGAGCCAAAUUUCGGAAGUAAAAUUCCUUGCCCAUGCAGUAUGUUCAUACAAUUUUAUCGAAAGGUAGUAGAAUACUUACACACACUCUCUCUCUAUCAGACGCACACAUAUACACGCACACACAUCUGACAUACUCUGAGAUACUCAAACCACCCUUUCUGGCACCAAUAAUUAUUCCACGGUUAAGGUCACUUAGAUCACAUUUCUGCCCCAUUCUGAUGUUUGGGCUUAACGACAACUGAACCCUUUGACCUUGUCUGCAUGCUAUUAUGCAUCGAGUGCCUGCCAUAUGAUUGUGUGAUUAGAUAUUUGUAUUAACAAACAGGUGUGCCUAGUAAAGUGGCCAGAGUGUACAUCAAGGCCAAUCUGGAUUUAACUCUUCCCCCACGUUUGAUUCCAUAAUCCUUAAUACACUUGCCCAACCAAUAGCUACCAGUCUAAUCCCAUAUUGCCAGAUCUUCCAAAGUGAGAACAAAUAUUCAGCUAACAGCUUGAUGAGUUUUAAGGUGCUAACAGCCACUGAGAGCUCUAGAGAUCGAAAUGUCCAUGAAUCUUUACAAUUUGCAUAAGCCUUUAAAAUACAAGUUGUGCAGGCUGUGAUUAGAACAAAGUCAUUUUCAAAGUCACAGUGCAUAUAGAACAAAGUCAUUUUCGUGGAAGGAACUAUCAGUUAAAACAAGUCCAGUAUAUCCUUUCAGCAUAUGAUCUUCAAGCUUAACCAGGAUUUUCUUGCCUUCAAAUUUCUUCCUUUAAACUGAAUCUAUUGUAUCUGUGCUGUUAGCAGGUCAGUGAUAUAGGAAUAAAGGGUGCAGGGCAACUGAUUAUUAAGUACUUCUAUGAACUGUUAGAAGAGGUUAGUUUUCAGUCAUAGUCCAGCUCUCCAAGAAUAUAGCAAGUGUCAGAAAAAUAUGUUGGUUCCCUCAUAUGCUUGCCUCUUAUUCCAAGUUCUCUAAUCCCUGAUGACACAGUCUUCAUCCCACUGCCCACUGCACAAAAUUACAUCCUUUCACACCUGCUUUUCCCUUCCGGCAGCUGGUAAUGAAGACUGUUGGUGGGGUCUGUAUCUCACCAUUCUAUUAUUAUUCUAUUAGUAUAUUCUAUUAGUAUGAGCAAAGUUUGCUCAAAACUUCUUAUCCAUGAACUGUCCAUGUUGCUCGAAAGAAAAGCAGUGCACAGAUUGAAUGACUUUGUAACAUUGUUCUUUAGACUUUUUUCUGUGUUCAUUAUACUACACUUGUCCUUUGUGAAGUAUUUUAAUGCCAUUCACUUUAUGUAUUUUAAUCUACUUGCUUCACCUUCCUUCCUAAAUGAGCUCUUCUUAUCUGUGAUAGUUGUUUUAGUGACCUGACCAAUAUUCUUUCUCAUCCUUACCGACCACAGUGAUUAACUAUGCUUAAAAUAAAUGCUCUAUAAUUACAUGAUGAAGUGCUGGGAAAUAAAAGUAUGGUGGCAAGGUAUUGCAAAUGUAAUAACAAACUCUAGAUAAAAUGUACGAAGACUUGUUGAGAGAUGUGUUGUGAGAAAAGUUAAAGAAAAUUCUGGUUAAUCAAUUUAAUAAAAUUACUAUUUUAAUGUUCAA